AUGCUCCUUCCGUAUGAGGAGGCGACGGUGCUUGCUAUCGCACCUUCCGUCCGUCAACAUCGGAGCCAGGCAGGCUGCUCGACAGGUUCCUGCCUGUCUCAUCUGGCCUGCGUCUCUGCCACCGACAACCAUUACCGUUACCAUAGGUUCAGAUCUACGGGCAGUCGCCAACCUCCCCAACGCAAUUGCGGAGGCGGCGGAAAGAGCGUUUGUAUUCUGGACGCUCAAAGCCCUAUCACAAACACAAGCGGCAGAGAUGGCGCGGAAGAUGAUAAGCAACGCCGGGGUGUCAGAAGCAGCAAAAACAGCCCCCGCACGCCUACCUCCCCCACCAGCAGCGCGAAGAGCAGCAAAGACAACCGCACUCGUGCCACCAGCACAGCGUCCACCAGCAUCGCUAGCCGCAGCGGCGACAAUAACAACAACGAUGACACUAACCCAUCCCCAACACUCCGACGCAGCUCCCGCGAGACAGCAAAGGUCGCGAGCUACAGACAGGCUUGUGAAUACGAGUACAUAGCCGCCGUAGACAGGAGAAGGGCUGGAGGCAACAGCGGCCCUAACCCCGUGGGCCGCCCCCGAAUCGAUCGGUCGGGGCGUAGGCCUGUAAAGCUGUUGCCGAGGAGGAAUCCGCUUCCUCGUGUCCUUGCUAGGAGAGGACGGGGGCGUCAUACAUCAAACUUGCCGAAGGAGGGCUCGCCGAAGGAGGACUUGCCAAAGGAGGACUUGCCAAAGGACCUGCCUCCUCGCUCCUUUGCUAAUAGAAUACCGGGGUGUCCGAGAAAAAACAUCUCUCCAGAGCCUACUAAACACGAGAACGAGCACGAGCGCAAGGAAAACGAGGAUACCUAG